GUACCCUGAGUUCCCUCAGUCUGUGAUGUCUUCACUCACCUCACGUGGAGAGUUUAUCCUCCUACUGGAUCGAUCUGGGAGUAUGGGUUGUCCAACGAGUAAUGGCAAGCAGCAAGAAACUCGAAUUGCCAGUGCCAGGGAUACUCUACUGCUCCGGUUGAAGAGCUUACCAAUGGGUUGCUUCUUCAACAUCUACAGUUUCGACCUGGACAAGCUCAAUCAAAGCAGCCACCCAGAGACCCUUUAAUGCAGCUGGUCUCCCUGCAGAAGGCGUCUGGCUGCUGGCUGCUUGAUCCGGCUCUGGCUGCUGCUGUGGGAAAGACCAGCGAGGAGGUGGAGCACACAAAGCCUUCAGCUGUGAACCAGGAAGUGUGGGCCACCAUUCUUGCUCUGAUCUGGCUUCAUGGCUUCAAGAUGGAUGCUAAGCCAGAGUGGGAGCUUCUGGCUACGAAGGCUGUGUCGUGGCUCCGUGCUCAGAAUGUACCAUCAGAGGGCGUGGAAGCUGGAAACACACUGUUGGGUUGCCAUGUGCAGAAAGACGCCAUGGGGCUCUGAGUAAUCGUUUAGGUGCACAUUUUAGAGCAUUUAUUUUGUCUCACUUUAACCCAACAAUAAAGUCCUAUAUCAUGUUUACCAUUUUCAUUUGAUGCUCUGUUUCACUUUAAUGUGGCUGAGGGGUAGGGUGGUCGUCCUCCAACCAGAAGGUCGGCAGUUCAAUCCUCAAGCUUCCCCAUCUGCAUGCCAAAGUGUCCUUGGUCAAGAUACUGAACCCCUGAAAUCGCCUCUCGUAGAUGUUGAUGCACAAAUUGUAAGUCGCUUUGGAUAAAAGCGUCAGCUAAAUUUAAUGUAAUGAAUGUUACCCCUGCCAUGGAUGUUAUAAUUUCACCCCUGUCUGUUGGUUUGUUUGUUUGUAAGAAUAUUGUGCAAAAACUACUGGAAAUAUUUCAACCAAACCUGGCAGAAGCAUAUGGUAUGUGUCAUUGAAGAACCCAUUAAAUGUUGGUGUGGAUCCAGGACUUUUUUUCUCUUUCUUUACCAUUACAUUGACUUUGCA